UCGGAAAUGCCAGGCCAAGGUGGCUGCCCCGUGCGUCCCUCCGUCCAGCCAUGAACUGGUGCCCAUUACCAUGGAGAACACCCCGAAGAAUGUAGGGGACACGGUGAGUGACAUCUCCGGGGCUGGAGACAGCCUGGACAGGAGCGAGGAGGCCGGGAGCCGAGGGCGUCUCGUGUCAAGAGUGAACCAGGGAGAGGUAGCCCCCCGGAGUGGAAGCUCCCGGAAGAGCCUGGAGGAGGACAACGGCGGCGCCAGAGUCACCCCGAAUCUCCAGCCCCAGCUGCAGCCCAUCAGAAACAUGAGCGUUAGCCGGACAGUGGAGGACAGCUGUGAGCUGGACCUGGUGUAUGUCACGGAGAGGAUCAUUGCCGUGUCCUUCCCCAGCACGGCCAACGAGGACAACUUCCGCAGCAACCUCCGCGAGGUGGCGCACAUGCUCAAGUCCAAGCACGGGGGCAGCUACCUGCUGUUUAACCUCUCUGAGCGGAGACCUGACAUCACGAAGCUUCACACCAAGGUCCUGGAGUUUGGCUGGCCUGACCUGCACACCCCGGCGCUGGAGAAGAUCUGCAGCGUUUGCAAGGCCAUGGACACGUGGCUCAACGCCGACCCUCACAACGUCGUGGUCCUACACAACAAGGGAAACCGAGGCAGGAUCGGAGUGGUCAUUGCGGCUUACAUGCAUUACAGCAACAUCUCUGCCAGUGCGGACCAGGCUCUCGAUCGAUUUGCCAUGAAGCGGUUCUACGAAGAUAAGAUUGUGCCCAUCGGCCAGCCAUCGCAGAGAAGGUAUGUGCAUUACUUCAGCGGCCUGCUCUCCGGCUCCAUCAAAAUGAACAACAAGCCCCUGUUUCUGCAUCACGUCAUCAUGCACGGCAUCCCCAACUUUGAGUCUAAAGGAGGGUGUCGGCCAUUUCUCCGCAUCUACCAAGCCAUGCAGCCUGUCUACACAUCGGGCAUCUACAACAUCCCCGGAGACAGCCAGACCAGCAUCUGUAUCACCAUUGAACCGGGACUGCUCCUGAAGGGAGACAUCUUGCUGAAGUGCUACCACAAGAAGUUCCGCAGCCCAGCCCGGGAUGUCAUCUUUCGCGUGCAGUUCCACACCUGUGCCAUCCAUGACUUGGGAGUUGUGUUUGGGAAGGAGGACCUUGAUGAUGCCUUCAAAGAUGAUCGAUUUCCAGAAUACGGCAAAGUGGAGUUUGUGUUUUCUUACGGGCCAGAGAAAAUUCAAGGCAUGGAGCACCUGGAGAACGGGCCGAGCGUGUCUGUGGACUACAACACCUCCGACCCCCUCAUUCGCUGGGACUCCUACGACAACUUCAGUGGGCACCGUGAGGAUGGCAUGGAGGAGGUGGUGGGACACACCCAUGGGCCACUGGAUGGGAGCCUGUAUGCCAAGGUGAAGAAGAAAGAUUCCCUGAAUGGCACUACCGGGGUAGUGGCUGCCACUCGCCCUGCCCUGUCAGCUACACCCAACCACGUGGAGCACACCUUGUCUGUGAGCAGCGACUCAGGCAACUCUACCGCCUCCACCAAGACAGACAAGACCGAUGAGCCUGGCCUGGGGACUGCCAGCGUCCCCACUUCCCUGAGUCCCCAGGAGAAGCAGGAGCUGGACCGCCUGCUCAGUGGCUUUGGCUUAGAGAGAGAGAAACAAGGUGCUAUGUACCACUCGCCGCACCUCAGGUCCCGCGCAGCGGGGGGCCCGGCUGGGCCCGCCUCAGGCCGCCAUGUUGUGCCGGCCCAGGUUCAUGUCAACGGUGGCACCUUGGCAUCUGAGCGAGAGACAGACAUCCUGGACGAUGAGCUGCCCAACCAGGAUGGGCACAGUGGGGGCAGUAUGGGCACUCUGUCUUCCCUGGAUGGGGUCACCAACAUCAGUGAAGGAGGUUACCCCGAGGCUCUGUCCCCACUCACCAAUGGUCUGGACAAGCCAUACCCUGGAGAACCUCUGGUCAAUGGUGGGGGCUACCCCUAUGAGUCAGCCAGCCGGGCAGCACCGGCCCAUGCCAGCCGCAUGGCCCCCAUGAAGCCCUCCUACUCCGCACAGGAGGGCUUAGCUGGCUACCAGCGUGAGGGGCUCCACUCAGCCUGGCCACAGCCGGUGUCCGCCUCCCACUAUGGCCAUGACCCCAGCGGCAUGUUCCGCUCUCAGUCCUUUCCGGAUGUGGAGCCCCAGCUGCCCCCUGCUCCAGCCCGUGGGGGCAGCAGCCGGGAGGCCGUGCAGAGGGGCCUGAAUUCAUGGCAGCAGCAGCAGCAGCAGCCGCCGCAGCCUCGCCCGCCUCCCCGCCAGCUGGAGAGUCUUCCAGGCAGCAGACCCAGCCCCCAGCCACCGGCAGAACCCCCCACCCCUGCUCUCCCCGAGUUCCCCAGGGCGGCCUCCCAGCAGGAGAUCGAGCAGUCCAUCGAGACCCUCAAUCUGCUGAUGCUGGACCUGGAGCCCACCUCCACGGCUGCCCCCCUGCACAAGUCCCAGAGCGUCCCUGGGGCCUGGCCGGGGGCCUCCCCGCUCUCCUCCCAGCCCUUCUCCGGGUCUUCCCGCCAGUCCCAUCCACUCACCCAGUCCAGAUCUGGCUACAUUCCCAGCGGGCAUGCCACCAGAACCCCCGAGCCUGUCACAACUGGCAGGUCUUACACGCCUUAUGAUUAUCAGUCGUGUCCAGCUGGGGCCAACCAGAGUUUCCGUCCCCAGAGCCCAGCUGCCCCCUCCCCAUCCACCUUCACACACAGCCCUGCAGGGCCCCAGCAGCCCCCGGCCUCGCUCCCCGGCCUCACAGCUCAGCCUCAGCUCCCACCAAAGGAAGCAACGUCAGACCCCUCCCGAACCCCAGAGGAAGAGCCACUGAACCUGGAAGGGCUGGUGGCCCACCGGGUGGCAGCAUACAAUGCCAAACUGCAGGGCUUGGCUCAAAGGGGCAGCUUCCGGCCCCCUCCUCUCCACCGAGCCUCCUCGCUUUCUGGGGUGCAGGCUCGGGAGAGGCAGCCUGCAGAGCCCCCAGCCCCACUCCGGAGGCGGGCAGCCAGCGAGGGACAGUAUGAGAACCAGUCUCCCGAAGCUACAUCCCCCCGCAGCCCUGGGGUCCGCUCUCCUGUCCAGUGCGUCUCCCCCGAGCUGGCUCUCACCAUCGCCCUCAAUCCCGGAGGGCGGCCCAAAGAGCCCCAUCUACACAGCUACAAGGAGGCCUUCGAGGAGAUGGAGGGAGCCUCCCCAACCAGCCCACCACCCAGUGGGGUACGCUCACCUCCUGGUCUGGCUAAGACACCCCUGUCUGCUCUGGGCCUGAAGCCCCACAACCCAGCAGAUAUCCUGUUGCACCCCACAGGCGUUACCAGAAGACUCAUCCAGCCAGAGGAAGAUGAGGGCAAGGAGGCUCCUAAGCUUCGGGAAGAGCCCCGGAGCUAUGUGGAGUCCGUGGCGCGGACAGCCGUGGCUGGGCCUCGAGCUCAGGAUGCUGAUCCCAAGAACUUCAACGCUCCAGCUUCCCAGGCCUACAGCCAUGAGAUGCCCCUGAGGAAUGGGACCCUGGGCGGCUCUUUUGUCUCCGCCAGCCCUCUCUCCACCAGCAGCCCCAUCCUCAGCGCUGAUAGCACUUCGAUGGGGAGCUUCCCAUCCGGGGAGAGCAGCGAGCAGGGCCCACGCACUCCCACCCAGCCCUUGUUGGAUUCCGGCUUCCGUUCUGGCAGCCUGGGGCAGCCCAGCCCUGUGGUACAGAGAAGUUACCAGAGCUCCUCUCCUCUUCCGGGCACGGGCAGCAGCUACAGCAGCCCUGACUACUCCCUUCAACAGUUCAACUCCUCUCCCGAAAGCCAGGCGCGGGCCCAGUUCAGUGUGCCUGGUGUGCACGCAGGCUCUGGGAGCCCUCAGGCCCGCCACAGGACAGUGGGCACCAACACUCCCCCGAGUCCCGGCUUCGGCCGGCGGGCCGUCAACCCCAGCGUGGCUGCCCCUGGUAGUCCUGGUUUGAGCCACCGCCAGGUGAUGGGGCCGUCGGGCUCUGGGUUCCAUGGGAAUGCAGUUUCCAGUCACCCAAGCAGUACAGCAACCACACCCGGGAGCCCCAGCUUGGGUCGGCACCCGGUGGGCACCCACCCAGUUCCAAGCCUCCAUGGCAAUAUGGUGACCACUCCCGGGAGCCCCAGCCUGGGCCGGCACCCCGGAACUCACCAAGGUCUCCAUGGCAACACACUAGCCAGCCCUGGGAGCCCCAGCCUGGGCCGGCACCUGGGAGGGUCUGGAUCUGCAGUUUCCGGGAGCCCCAGCUUGGACCGGCACGUGGCCCAUGGCGGCUACUCCACCCCAGAGGACCGGAGGCCCACGCUGUCCCGUCAGAGCAGCGCCUCGGGCUACCAGGCUCCUUCCACGCCCUCCUUCCCCGUCUCCCCAGCCUACUACCCAGGCCUGAGCAGCCCAGCCACGUCGCCCUCACCGGAUUCCGCCGCCUUCAGGCAGGGGAGCCCGACACCAGCCUUACCAGAGAAACGCAGGAUGUCCAUGGGAGACCGGGCGGGCAGCCUGCCCAACUACGCCACCGUCAACGGCAAGGUUCUCCCCUUUUAGUGCCCAGGACAAUGCCUUACCCUUUCUUCUCGGCCUCCUUUCUCAGCUGGGAGCCCCAACACCAGCCUUAGUUCAGACUUGCUCCUUUGCAUGAUGCCUUCUGGGGUGUGGGGACCAAGCCUUUCUGCCCUGCCCUUACAGGGUCCUCCUGUUGGGGUUCAUCCCGAGGAGCUUGCUUCCCAAGGCCCCACUCCGCAAGAACACGGGGACUCCCCGAGUCCCAGUCUCCACCCAGGUACCCCGGGGGGUGAUGUUGGAGGGUCCUGGGCUGCUACCAGAGCACCGUGUGGCCUACCUGCAAUGCCAAAGCCUUGCUGUCUCUCCUUCUGCCUUAGUUUCCCCCAUGCAAAGCCACAGUGACCACCGAGUGGUGGGCCAAUGAACGGUAUGCGCUUAGACUAAAGGGUCUAGGAUCCAUUUGGGCAGUUAGGAGACCCCUGGCCACCAUCUCCAGGACUCUUAGCCAGAGGGAAAAUUCACCAGGAGUCCAUUCUAAAGCCUCUGGGGGAGGUAGGGGGGGUUCCUCUAGAGAGAGGCAUUGUAUUGAUAUAUAAAUAUAUAUAUAUAUAAUAUAUGUGAGACAUACUGACAGAAUCUGUAAGCUAAUAAAAUAUAAGAAAAGGUGACAAAAAAAGGAAUAGGUAAAUUGACAAGAAGUAUUUAUUGUUUUCCCAUAUUACCUUACGGCCUCUCUGGCCAUGAACCAGUUUCAGUGGAAGUAGAGCCUUUGCACACCUUUAUCUGUGGAACAGCCAGAAACCCUGGCCUUGGUUUCCCUAGACUGUGUCUAGAGCUGUAGGGCUCCGUGGUGAAGGGGUGCACGAGUCUAACCCUCUUGCUCGCCCCCCCCCCCCACUAUUUUCUGGCAAUCCAGGGGCCCAGCUCCCGGAAUGAGUAGAGAGCACCUUGUGACCGAGGGCCAGAGCAAGUGUGUGAGUGUGGUAAGACCCAGCUGUGUGCGGCUGGGGGUGCUGUCUAUUUUGUGAUUCUUUUCUCCUCCAGGGAGCUGUGUCUGUGUGGGGGUAGGGAGAAGGUAUAUUUCAGGGAGCUGGGAAGCAUCUCAGUUAGACGGGGAGCAGGGGCAGACUCCCCAAAGGAUAAAACCUUGGGCUUAGUGACCGAGCGCCUCCUCAAGUGUCCUUCCUUCUGGGAUAAUUCAAACCAAUGCCCCGUGGCCCCUCUCUUCAUUCCCCGUGGACCCCAGAGUCCUUCUUCUGAGAUAGGAAAAGUCCUCUGCCCGUUCUUUGUAAAUACUGUAUCCUAUGUUGCACAGUCCAGGGGCUCUUCCGGUCGGGGUGUCCUGUAUGUGCUUGAAGCUGGGUGGGGUCUCAUGCCCCCUCUGGGUCUGUGUCUGGGGUCAGCUUUUACACUUGCUUUCCCACCAGAGCCCACCAGUAUGCCCCUCCUCAGUGUGGCUAGCCCCUGUAUGUCAGGCCCUCACCACGCGAGAGCUGUGGGGAAAACCAGGGACCCCACUGGAGAGUGGGUCAGUUAUUCCCAGCAUGCCUCUGGAGGCCAUGGGAGCCUAAGGGCGUCAGCCUUUCCAGAAGAAUGACGUGGGAAGGGGCAUGCAGACUUCACAGUAGCCCCACUUGGGGGACGACACCAUAGCCUGCUGCCCUUCUCCUCUCCCUGUCUCACAGGUGGGCCUGGGCAUGUGCACACCCAUACGCACAGACACCUGCGUGCACACACACACACACACAUGCACACACGAACCACUCCGCACCUGCAGUCUACUCUUGCCAAAGAUUUCCUUUAAAAGAAAGCACUUUGAUUCAUUGCUAUUAUUUUCUAAGUGUUUAGCGUCCCCUCCCUUGACGUGGUUUGCCGUCGUUGGCUGUUGAGUCUGCGUGUCAGCAGGAAGAGUGCUGUCUGAUCUUGAAUGUGGGUCCAGGGAUUGAACAAGGGUCUGGGAGACAUGGAGGGAAAGAGCAGGACAGACAUGGCCAGCCUGAGAUGUCGAGACAGGAUGGUGGCAAAGCCGGGCUGCCUCUGGCUGCCCAGCGGGUCUCGGGGAGCGGCCUGGGGGCUCUGUCCCAGCCGCAACCUGGAGACAGGAGGUCAGGAAAGGACAUCUCUGAUUUGGUAAGGGCCCUCUGGGGUCCUUGUGGCUCUUCCCAAGGGGCCCAGAGGAAGGAACUGGGCCUGAGAGUAAUGGAGCGGUCACCUCAGAGGGACCGAGGCCCCCGCCUGCUAUCUCAGUCCUAGGUUUGGCCUUUGCCCUCUCUCACGGGAGCCUUCCCCGGCACCUCUGAUGGCUGUGGACAUCGAUGGCCAGGAUUCCUGCCCCCCUUCCCCGGGUUCUUGAGGGGCUGCCGAUGUAUUGAGACUGGCUAUGUGUGACUGGGGGAGCGGGGGGCUGUGAUCACUCAAUAAAAGUUUGCAGGAGGCAGAAGAGCAGCAACUCUUCUGCCUUGUUCUGAGGGCCUGGGCAGAGGUAGAACCAGCUCCCUGUGCUGCCCAGUGGGGUACAAAGGGAACCCCGAGUGUGAUACAUGGCCCUCCAGCCUUACCUCCUGGGAUUCCUCCCUCCUCAUUUGGUUUUUCCCCAGCUUUAGGUCUUGAGGGGAAGUUGGGUACAGGAAGCAGCCAUCCCCUCCCCGUCCCCCUCAGCUGGGGGGUCCUUGAAAAACAUGGGGGGCAGAGCACUAGAGCUGUGUUUUACCCAGCCUCAGGCUCGGGGAUCCUGAGACUUGUGUUUCCUUGGUCAGUGGUAACAUGGGAUGUGCAUGUGUGUGUGCGUGCAAGUGUGAAUGUGUGUGAGCGUACUGUGUUCAUCUCUUUAGAGAACUUAGGGGUGGGGGCCGGACGUGGUAGGUGGUGGGAUGUCACGUUCAGUGGGACACACAGCAGCGAGAGGAAUCGAGAUCGAAAUGGUCUCAGGCUACUGGCACAACCUGGCUCUUCUCAGCGGCGAGGUUGCUCUUGAGUGACGUCUUGGGUUUUGUCUUCUGAUCCAUGUUUACCCCGGGUGGCACUCUCCUGCGUGUCCACAUUUGGUUUGUGCAUGUGUGUGGCACAUUCAAAGCAAAUGUAAGCGAUUCCCAAUGUCACAAGCCCACCCUUGGAAAAGCAGUCCCGGUCUCUCCCCUCCUUCCUCCCUCCCCCUCCCCCCAGCUGCGUAUUUAUAUAGAUGGAAAUGUACUUUAUAUUUUGUAUCGUGGUGACUAUAACCUCUGCCACCUUGUAUAAACCCUGCCGUGUGCGCCUCUUCCCAGACGUGAAUGUAUGUACACUAAUGCUCUGCCCACUCCUGUACAGCGCCUGGCCUCCUGCCAUCUAUUGUACGGCCUUACAGAGAUAAAGCUAAAGACAAAUCCA